GAGACCGUCCCAUCCCUAAACCCCUCUUCCUCCCACUCCCUCUACUGCUUUCCUAUGGCGUCUCGCUGCCGCUCCCUAGCGAGGCCCACGCUGUUCUCUCUCAAAACCGCAUUUAGACGCCCUUCCUCCUCAUCCCCCAUUGGUUCGCCUUCUCUUCUAGCUCGUCCAACUCAGUUCUCUUCGAGGUUUCCUGGUGAAUUGGGUUGCCUUCAAUCCCUUCUUCCGUUUCAUACUGCAGUCGCUACUUCAAGGCUAAGAUCGUGCCUUGGUGUGGACGCCAAUGGCUGCAGAUCAAUGUCUAAGGAACUGGGCCUGUCUGUUCCGCGAUGAAGGAGUACAAGUGGGUAAUUGGCAUUGGUUCAUUCCUGGAUAUUUGCAACGCUGACCUUUACUAGCCACUGUUUUAUUCUUAUCUGAUGGGACAUAUAUCCAUUAUGUUUACCCUUUCUUUUCCGGUUUGAAAUGAAGCAUAAUUUACAAACUUUGUAAUCUAGAUGCACAGAUUUUGGGAUGGUGUAUAUGAGUGCUGAUGCCGCCUGCUCUCUGUGGAAGCUAAUAAUGGUUAGACUUUUUUGGAGCUUAUAUUUUUGGUUGAUACAUGGGAAAUCACUCUUCUAUUGUUA